UUUGUAAAGUAAUUGCUGGUUUGAAUGGCGUUCUCGCAAUCAUUGGACCUCGACGAGAGCGCCUUGCGGGAGCUGGAACAACGUUUGGUUGUUGCGCCGCCAGCAGCUGCAGCCGAAAGCCGCGAAAAUUAUUCAGAGUAUUUUCAGGAUGAAUUUUCAUAUGUGAUACAGGAGAAGGAGAUUAAGGAAAAGGACGACGUCUCGUCGGUUUUCGAGGCGCAGGUGUGCCCAGAGGACGUCUGCUCGGAGCACAAUGAAGAAGCUGAGGAGGCGCCCAAUCUGGAUGAGAGCAGUUUUCUCUGUCCCGUCAGAGAUAGGGAGUCCUCCAGGCAGUUCGAGCUGGAUCUGCUGAAUAGUCGUACGAUGGCCAUGGCAGAAGCGCCCGGGGAAACGACAAUAACGCAGAAUCUCAGCAGCAUGCCCCCCAACCAGCUGCUGGUCUCGCCCAGCCAACAAAACUCGAGUAUUCGCGAGGCAAUGAAUAGUAGCAAUGUAGCCGUGGAUGUGGAAGCCCUCAAGUCGCUCGCAGCCUGGAAUCUGCCACACAGUGUCCUGGCCGAGUACAAGAGGAAGGGCGUUGUCCAAAUGUUCGACUGGCAGGCCGAGUGCCUGAGCAAGCCUCGCGUUGUCUUUGAGCACUGCAAUCUGGUCUACUCGGCGCCCACAUCGGCAGGCAAGACGCUUGUUAGUGAGAUACUACUCCUGAAAACGGUCCUGGAGCGCGGCAAGAAGGUGCUCCUCAUCCUGCCCUUCAUCUCGGUGGUGCGCGAGAAGACAUUCUAUCUGCAGGAUCUGCUGACGCCCGCUGGCUACAGGGUGGAAGGCUUCUUUGGGGGCUACACACCACCCGGUGGCUUCGACAGCAUCCACGUCGCCAUUUGCACCAUAGAAAAGGCCAAUUCCAUAGUCAACAAGCUGCUGGAGCAGGGAAAGUUGGAUGUAAUCGGCACUGUGGUGGUGGACGAGGUGCAUCUCAUCUCUGAAAAGGGUCGCGGCUAUAUUCUGGAGCUCUUGCUGGCCAAGAUUCUGUACAUGUCCCGCAAGAAUGCCCUGCAGAUCCAAGUGAUCACCAUGUCGGCCACCCUGGCGAAUGUGGAACUGCUGCGCCGUUGGCUGGAUGCCGAGCUGUACAUCACAAACUAUCGCCCAGUGGCGCUGCAGGAGAUGAUCAAAGUGGGCACCAAAAUCUAUGACCAGCGGCUGGAAUUUCUGCGCGAUGUCUCCCGGCAGUCGGAGGUGCCAUGCCUGAGCAACGAUUCGGAUCAUGUGGCCCAGCUGUGCAUCGAAACGCUGCUCGAGGGCUGUUCCGUCGUUGUAUUCUGCCCAUCGAGGGACUGGUGCGAGAGCCUUGCGGUGCAGCUGGCCACAGCCAUCCAUGGUCUCAUCAAAUCCGGCACUGAACUGAGCCGACGCCUUCGAUCUAAUCUCAAUCCAGAGGCCAUUGAGGAUGUGAAGCAGCAGCUGCGGGAUAUUCCCACAGGACUCGAUAGUACCAUGGGCAAGGCCGUUACCUAUGCCUGCGCCUUCCACCAUGCCGGGCUUACCACAGAAGAGCGCGACAUUGUCGAGGCCUGCUUCAAGGCUGGAGCCCUGAAGGUACUCGUGGCCACAAGCACACUAAGUUCGGGUGUCAAUCUGCCUGCGCGUCGCGUGAUCAUACGCUCCCCCCUCUUUGGCAAGAACCAGAUGAGUUCCCUCACGUAUCGCCAGAUGAUCGGCAGAGCUGGUCGCACCGGAAAGGAUACGCUGGGCGAGUCCAUACUGAUUUGCACUGAAUCCAAUCAAAGGGUGGGUCGUGAACUUGUCCAGGCGCAACUGCAGCCCAUUUCCUCUUGCCUCGGAAUGGAUGACAGCACGCACCUUAAGCGAGCGCUCCUCGAGGUGAUUUCUUCUGGUGUGGCCAGCACCAGACAGGAAAUUGAUAGCUUCGUCAACUGCACUCUGCUGAGUGCUGAAAAGGCAAUGGCGAAGUUGGCCGAAGAGCAGCAGCAGCAGCCGCAGCCGCAGAGUGGCGAGGACUGCGACUCGCAGUUCAUUGCCGAAGCACUGGACUUUCUCAUUGACUACGAGUUCAUUCGCCAUCAAGUGGACGAGGAGGCUGCGACAGCGAACUAUGUGGCCACUCGGCUGGGUGCCGCCUGCUUGGCAUCUUCCAUGCCGCCCGGCGAUGGCCUCAUUCUCUUCGCAGAGCUGCAGAAAUCAAGGCGCAGCUUUGUGCUGGAGACUGACCUGCAUGCUGUGUAUCUGGUGACUCCCUAUUCAGUGUGCUACCAGCUGCAGGAUCUCGACUGGCUGCUGUACCUCGACAUGUGGGAGAAGCUCAGUCCAUCGAUGAAGAAAGUGGGCGAGCUGGUUGGCGUCAAGGAGGCCUUUCUAAUAAAGGCCAUGCGAGGCCAAAGCAAGCUGGACUACAAGCAGAUGCAGAUACACAAGCGCUUCUACACGGCUCUAGCCCUGCAAGAGCUGGUUAACGAGACGCCCAUCAAUGUGGUGGCCCACAAAUUCAAGUGCAACCGCGGCGUACUUCAGGGACUGCAGCAAAUUUCCUCAACCUUUGCUGGCAUUGUGACGGCCUUUUGCAAUUCGCUGCAGUGGUCCACCAUCGCCCUGAUUGUGUCACAGUUCAAGGACAGGCUGUUCUUCGGCAUACACAGGGAUCUCAUUGAUCUGAUGCGGCUGCCAGACCUGUCACAGAAGCGUGCUCGUGCCAUCUUCGAUGCUGGCUUCACCAGCGUCGUGGAGCUGGCUGGUGCCGAUGUUCUGGUCCUCGAGAAAGUCCUCUACAACUCUCUCAGCUUUGACUCGGCCAAGCAGCACGACCACGAAAAUGCCCACGAGGCGGCCAAGCGGAAUUUGGUUAGGAAUUUCUUCAUCACCGGCAAGGCGGGCAUGACCGUGGCUGAGGCUGCCAAACUACUGAUUGAUCAGGCGCAAAAACAUCUCCAGCAUGAGAUGGGCGUGGGCAGCAUUAAGUGGUCACAAAAUCGAACAGAGAGCGGUGGACUGGCCAAGUCAGCAGAGUCAGUCAGCGGGAUGCAGGUCGAUUUGCACAUGUCGUUGGAGGAUGAGCAAUCGGAGCAAAUGCCGCAAUCAAAACGAAAAUCGACAGGUGAAGAAGAAGGAAAUGUAACGCCACCGAAAAUCACAAAGGUAAAUCCUACUGAGGCCCAAAACGAUCUUAAAAACAUGCCACGAAAACCGGCAGAGAACCCCAAUCCAAAGACAGAAGAAAAGCAAUCAGUAAAUUCUCCAAAGGUAAUGUCAGGGAACACAGUAGCUCAGCCAAAGGAAAUGGCACCAGCCGCCUCCCAUAAAACUAACAUCUCGAAGGGAGUUUCAACUGAGGUACUGAAAGAAAACUUGAAACGUGUGCCCCACCAAAAAGCACAGAGCCAAGCACCCAAACUGACUGUACAAAAAAAAGACAGCCGAUCAGUAAAUACUCCGAUAAUGACACGACGGCAAACAGUAGACAUCAUUGAGCAAAAGGCAGUGAAUGUACCUGUCGCUUCUCAUUUGAAUACUCCAAAGAAUAAACACCAAACUAACAACAUCGCAAAGGGAGCGAGUCCCACAGCACUGAAAGAAAACUUGAGUCGUGUGCCCCACCAAAAAGUACAGAAUCAAACACCCAAAUCGGCUGUGAACCCCGAGCGACAGAUAGACAGUCGAUCAGCAGAUACUCCAGUGAGUAAGAUGCCCGAAAAAUUAACAGAGAAGCCCGUGGAAAAGAACCUCCAACAAUCAGUAAAUACGCGGAUGAUGGUACGAGGGAAUACAGUAGAUGUCACUGCCGAAAAGGAAAAUAGAAUUUGUUCUCCCAGCUUCGAUGCGGCAAUGCCCAGCACAAGUAAAGCUCUUCGCGAAGCGUUACAGAAAAAACAAAUUGAGGAGAACCGUCGGAUUGCAGUUAUGAAGUUAAACCAAAGACGAGACAAGAUGGAGACCAAGCACACAAAGAAUACGCCUGCAGAGACGCCCACUGUGGCUGGAAAAGACGCGAGCUGUAAUAAGCAGCAGGGAUCCACGAUUGACACAGGGGUGACUGCUGCUCUUACCGCCGCUGAGAGUAAGCAAACUGUUGGCACUACGAAUACGGAGGCGGAUGAGAUACCCAGCUCGCAACCCAGGGAGGAGGAGGAGGAAGAGACCCAUAGCCAUCCCUCGACACCGCAUACCUCCAAGUUCAUGAGCUCCUACCAGAAGCUGCGCACGCAGCGCUUGCAAAGUCCAAGAUCAUCGCCAAGAUCCACUGGAAGCAGUACGCAGGGCUCUGGGUCAUUGCUUAGUUCAGCUAAUAUGACGCCUCGUAUACCUGCGAUAGACUCCGGCACGGUACUCUCCGAUAUUUCCAAUGGAGCUGGGAUGGACUCAAAGGAAGCCUCUUCCAUUCAACUUUCUGACAUGUCGUCUGGGAACUCUUUGAUGAAGCAUCCCCAGCAGCUGAAUGCUUCGCACAUACUGAGCUACUCCACGACGGAUGACAAGGCGCUGAGUUUCGACAGAGUCGAAAUAAUCGACAUUUGCGCCAAUCGACAGCUGUUCCAAUUGGCUCUCGGCGAACUGCAGGCUGCCCCCCGCUGUGGAUUCAGUGUGGGCCUUCAAUCGCAGGCGGGAAAGGGAAAGCCACUGAUCGGAGCCAACCUGCUGAUCAAUCAGUUGGCUGCGGCGAAGCAGCGUGAAGCAGCUGCCGGCAAACCGGCGCUCUUCCAGGUGGAUGAUGGCAGCUUCAUAGCAGGCGUGUCCUUCUGCCUCGCCGACAAUGUUGUCUAUUAUAUGUGCAUGCAGGAGGAGGAGGGCAGCGAAACCCCAACCAGCCUCAAGGUGCAGCAGCUCUGCCAGUUGAUGAAUCGCCCAGAACUCACCCUCCUAGUGCACGAUGCAAAGGAACAGCUGAAGGCGCUGCUGCAUGGCGUGCCCGAGUUGCACAACAUCGCAGCUAAGGUGGAGGAUCCCAAGGUGGGCAACUGGCUGCUGGAGCCAGAGAAGGCAACCUGCUUUAAGAACAUGUGCCAGCAGUUCGCGCCCGAGUGCACAGCACUGGUCAAUCUCUGUGGCAGCGGACGCGGAUACAGCAGCCAUGGGCUCGAUAGCGCCAGCGCCAUCUUGCCCAAGUUGCGUGCAUCCAUAGAGGCCUGCGUUACCGUGCACAUACUCGAAGGGCAGAUCGAGGCUCUGGAGAGAAUCGGUCAGCUGGUAACCAUCUUCAGAGAGGUGGAAAUGCCCAUUCAACUCGUACUCUGCAAAAUGGAGUGCGUCGGCUUUCCGGCCAAGCAGCAGCGGAUGAGUAGGCUGGUAAAGCACAUGAUGGAAACCUUGAAGAAGCUGGAGAGCAAGAUCUAUGCGGUGAAUGGCUCGUACUUCAAUCUGGGCUCCACGCAGGCCGUUGCCACCGUGCUGGGUAUUCACAAGAAGCCCACCGGUCGCGUGGGUACUUCGCGUCAGGUUCUGGAGAAGCUGGGCUCACCCAUAUCCGAGCUAAUACUGAGCCAUCGCAAGCUGAGCAUGCAAAUAGACAAGGGCAUGCAACCGCUGAUCAAAUGCUGCAAGGCGAAUAGGAUACAUGGCCACAGCAUAACGUACACAGCCACGGGACGAAUAUCCAUGAGUGAGCCAAAUCUGCAGAACGUGGCCAAGGACUUUGACAUUCGAAUGGGACCGGAAUCGAUUCUUAUUUCGCCGCGAUCAGUGUUCAAGUGCAUGGACGAGAAGCGCUGUCUGCUAUCGGCAGACUACUGUCAGCUGGAGAUGCGCAUAUUGGCCCAUUUGUCGGAGGACAAGGCUCUGGUGUCUGUGAUGAACUCCCCGCAGGAUCUGUUUACGGCCAUUGCUGCCCACUGGAACAAAAUAGCCGAGUCGGAAGUCAACGAACAAAUGCGCAGUGGCACCAAGCAGAUUUGCUAUGGAAUUGUAUAUGGCAUGGGCAUGCGGAGCCUGAGCGAUGCUCUCCAAUGCACCGAGUCGGAGGCGCAAUUGACAUGUGAACAGUUCCACCAGGCCUAUCCAGCCAUCAGAGCAUACACGGAUAAAGUCGUGAGGUUCGCCAAAACAGAGGGCUAUGUUGAGACCAUAACGGGUCGAAGGCGUUAUCUGAACCACAUCAAAGGUGGCGAACAAAAUCUAAUAAAGCAGGCCGAACGACAGGCCAUUAAUACGACCAUUCAAGGCUCUGCAGCGGACAUUGCCAAGAAAGCAAUGCUGGAUAUGGAGAAGAACAUCUGCCGGUAUGGGGGGAAGCUCGGUGUCGAGGAUAACGCCAUCAAAUUGGUUCUGCACAUUCACGAUGAGCUGGUCUACGAGGUGCCCGAAGCCAAGGCCAAGAAGAUUGGCAAACUCCUGAGUCUGACCAUGGGGAACGUUGGCAAGGGGAAGCUGAGUGUGCCGCUGAAAGUCAAGGUUAAAAUGGGUAGCAGUUGGGGCGAAAUGCAUGAAAUUCAGGUAUAGCUGCUAAGGUUGUGAUUAUUUAGGGUUUUUUAAUAUAUUUUUA